AUGAAAAUACGAGUUGAUUUUGGCAAGGUACCCUUUGCUCUCGGCCAGAGAAACGGUUUUGUCGCCGCGGGCGAGGUCGGGUGGGGCACAGCUCCGGCUUUAGUAUCCGGCAGCUGGAGAGCCAAGCCGGCCUCCCGGACCCCGCAGAAACCCGGCAGCGGCUCUAGCGACAGUGGAAGAAUGACGAACCCAGGGGCCUACUCCUCGGUCCCUGUCAGCAAUAUGAACUCAGGCCUGGGCUCCAUGAACUCCAUGAACACCUACAUGACCAUGAACACCAUGACCACGAGCGGCAACAUGACCCCUGCCUCCUUCAACAUGUCCUAUGCCAACCCGGGCCUGAGUGCCGGCCUGAGCCCGGGCGCGGUGGCCGGCAUGCCCGGAGGCUCGGCGGGUGCCAUGAACAGCAUGACAGCCGCGGGAGUGACAGCCAUGGGCGCGGCGCUGAGCCCCGGGGGCAUGGGAGCCAUGGGCACACAGCCGGCGGCCUCCAUGAACGGCCUAGGCCCCUACGCGGCCGCCAUGAACCCGUGCAUGAGCCCCAUGGCGUACGCACCUUCGAACCUGGGCCGCAGCCGCGCGGGCGGCGGCGACGCCAAGACCUUCAAGCGCAGUUACCCGCACGCCAAGCCGCCCUACUCAUACAUCUCGCUCAUCACCAUGGCCAUCCAGCAGGCGCCCAGCAAGAUGCUGACGCUGAGCGAGAUCUACCAGUGGAUCAUGGACCUCUUUCCCUACUACCGGCAGAACCAGCAGCGCUGGCAGAACUCCAUCCGCCACUCGCUCUCCUUCAACGACUGCUUCGUCAAGGUGGCGCGGUCCCCGGACAAGCCGGGCAAGGGCUCCUACUGGACACUGCACCCGGACUCCGGCAACAUGUUCGAGAACGGCUGCUACCUGCGGCGCCAGAAGCGGUUCAAGUGCGAGAAGCAGCCGGGCGGUGGGGGUGGGGGCGGCGGCGCCAAGGGCGGUCCGGAGAGCCGCAAGGACCCCUCGGGCGCCGCCAACCCCAGCGCCGACUCCCCCCUGCACCGGGGCGUGCACGGCAAGGCGGGCCAGCUAGAGGGCGCGCCGGCCCCGGGGCCCGCUGCCAGCCCCCAGACUCUGGACCACAGCGGGGCGGUGGCGACAGGGGGCGCCUCGGAGCUGAAGGCGCCCACCUCCUCGGCCGCGCCCCCCAUCAGCUCCGGGCCCGGGGCGCUGGCAUCCAUGCCUCCCUCCCACCCGGCGCACGGCCUGGCACCCCACGAGUCCCAGCUGCACCUAAAAGGGGACCCGCACUACUCCUUCAACCACCCCUUCUCCAUCAACAACCUCAUGUCCUCCUCGGAGCAGCAGCACAAGCUGGACUUCAAGGCUUAUGAGCAGGCGCUGCAGUACUCGCCCUACGGCGCUGCCUUGCCCACCAGCCUGCCGCUGGGCAGCGCCUCGGUGGCCACCAGGAGCCCCAUUGAGCCCUCAGCCCUGGAGCCGGCCUACUACCAAGGUGUGUAUUCCAGACCCGUCCUAAACACUUCCUAGCUCCCUGGACUGGGGGUUAGUCGGGCCUAGCCAUGCUGGUGGCAGGAGAGGCAAAAACACCACCAACAAACAAGACCACACAUAACCACACCAAAAUCAAAUCCCAACAACUUUUUAGUUACUUCUUGUGUGUGUAUGCACAAUCUUUCCCCACCCUGUGCAAAGGACUGUUACUUUGUCAUUGUAUUAAAAAAAAAAAUAAGCGAUGUGUAUAUUAUUAACAGAGACAACCAACCCGAACCAACGAUUUCCCCCCCUUCAAAGGUAAAUGAUCUACAAUUGUAUAUAUGAAGUCCUCCUCUUUCCUCGCUCCUCACCUUUAUUCCCUCUUUGCCCUCCCAACACAUUCUAGCCUGCGCAGAGUGUAUUUUUUAAACAAAAUGGUCAAGCUUGUAAAAUAUUUGUUUUGUGCUCCCCUCUCCUUACACAACCCACACAAGUUUACAGGUCUGUGGCAAUACUCUUAACCUAAGGUGAAAUGGCCGAGAAACAAGGAGACACUAAAGGUUCUUUUCAAACCAUUGUUCUGCAGCGAACCAUAAAGAGAUUAGAAACAUCAGAGCCGUUUUUUACCUAUAUUUCUGAUAAUGCAGAUAACAGAUGUCUUAAAUUAAAUACAUAUAUAUUAUGUAUGAACUUCAUUAUACACAUGCUGACAUAUGUAGACAUCCUCCAUCUACAUAACAUAUAGAGAAGUAGGUAAGUGAUACACAGGCUGCAUUUUCAAGAAUUGCCUGUCCAAGAAGUUACAAAGGCCACUCUGUCCCCUUCCACCUAGUCCUCUCCAACUUGAGGUUGGAUGGUCUUGAGGUUCAAUUACUCAGGAGUUGCCAUCCUCAAGAACUCUGCUCAUUGCUUUGCAAAGUCCCAUGGUCAUGUCAUUCUGAGGUCACAAAACAUGUAUAAAAGUAGUUUCUAUGUAUGUAUACCAGUUAAAGAUGUUUUUCAGCAAAAAAGGGAAUAUGACAAUGUUGGAGGAGAGAUGUUAUGGGGAACCGUAUUUCAAAAUUUGGUCCAAUAUUCCCAAACCCAAUUGAUUGUACCCAGUUUAAUUAUUGCCAUCAUGUUCUUGUCUCAUCCAGUGGUAUAAUGCACUUUCCACAACUGGACAUGGUGUUAGUAUAGCCAGACGGGUUUCACUCUAAUUCCUCUUUGCUUCUCAAUGUUCUUAAUUUAUUGCAUGGUUUAUUCUUUUUCUUUCUUUCUUUCUUUACAGCUGAAAUUGCUUUAAAUGAUGGUUAAAAUGACAGAUUAAAAUGUUAAUUUUUAUCAAUGUGAUUGUAAUUUAAAUAUUUUGAUUUAAUAAGGAAAAUGAAAACAGAUUUAAGCCGUGAAAUAUGUUCUUGAUCAUUUGAGUUAAGGACUUUUAAUAAAGCAAAUGUUAACAACGA